GGUGAUGUUGGUUUCCCCGGAGAAGCUGGUAAACGAGGUUAUCAAGGAGAAAAGGUAUACAACAUAGCUUAAUUUUCCAGCUGAAUAAUAUAUUUUUUUUAAGAAAUACAUUGUUUGUUCGUUAUCAGGGUGUGGUUGGUGACGUCGGCGCGGAAGGGGUAGCGGGAGAUGCUGUAAGUAUACUAUAAGUAAUUAUCAAUAUGGUGUACUGUAUACCUGUGAGGACGAUUAUCUGGGUUUCUGUACUCGGAGAGAAAACAUGUGGACUUUUGCCUUUAGAACGAUAUUACUACACUUGAAGUAAAUACUCACAACACUCUUCACCUCACAACACUCUUGAUCUCACGCUUUGAGAAUGUAAACGAUCCGGGUAUUUUGCCGUUUACCAUCCUCAUUCACAGAGCUUCUCUCUGCAACGAAGAUGACCCUUGCCAAUUUUGGCAGUAAUAUAAUUAUCAUGUGUUAAAAACUGUUAUUUCAUACUUAUUUUAAGGGAGUUCGAGGACUACCAGGCACUCCUGGUCCAGAUGGAGAUAAGGUAAUUGAUUUGAUGAUUUUUGUUAUAAUUCCAGAAUAGUUCCUUAUUUUCAAUAGAUCUGAGUAUAAUCAUUGAUAUUUUUAAUGAUCUUCCCACCUCUAAUUUCUGAUGUAAUUUUGCAUUCAGGAUAGUUUUGAUAUUAUCUGUUUGUUAUCGUUUAAUUUUUGACGUAGGGUGCCAGUGGAAGGAAGGGAAGUCAGGGAGACAGUGGAAGAGAUGGUGCCUCUGUAAGUAUAUGUUUUUACUUUGCUUGGCAACAUGCAUUUAUGAUCUUCCAUGCUGAUAUCUGUCGUGGUGCAAUCACGAAUUCUCGCGUGCUUUUAUAUAUAACAUUCUUUUAUUUUACAUAAUAGUUCAUCUUUGAAUUUUGUAAAUGAUUUAUUUAAAUGAUUUCGCCCAGCAAUAUUUACAAGAAUAGUAAUUAUGUAAAAUAAGUAAUGUAAGGCCUAGAAGUCUACUAGAAAUCUGGACAGGCUUUUGAAUUAAGACCCCUAGUUGAUAAAGAAUUGAUUAACUAAAUCAUUUACAGUCAAAUGUUUAGAAGAAGAAAAAUAAUAAACGACAAAAGUACAAAAUAACUAAUACCUAUAAUUCCAAAAACUAUACUUAAAAAUGUUUUUAUAUAGGAGAGUGAUUAUAUUUACUAUAUAUACAGGGUGUAUAAAAAAAAAACGUCCUAAAUAUCCUUAUUUCUAUCGUAAAAUAAACUACCAUAGUUUCGUUUUGCGCUCAAUUUAAAGCUUGUUUUUUCAUCUUUCGAAUGAAGGUUUCUUGAAAAUUUUGAACUAAGGCUAAUCGCAAUAAAAAUAAUUUAGUACAAGCGCUCGUUUUUAGAUGCUUCGAAAUAUUAAUCUUCGAAGUCCCUUGGGGACUUAAUUAUUAAAGGUAGUUUGCUAAAAUUUUGAACGUUGUUGUUUAAAACUUUACAAUCAUCAUUUAUAAUGCCAAAGCUAACAAUUCCGGAAAGAACAUUCAUUGUUGAAAAGUAUUUCGAAACAAAAAGCGUUGUUGCAGCUAGUGUUAAGACAAUUUCAAAUAGCUUUUCCAGGACGUAAUCUUCAUCGAGCGUUUGGCGUAAUGUCAGCACCGGCUGCAUGCAUUGAAUGGAAGAACCACCGCAUAAAGUUUAAAUCGAAAUAAAGGAAACUCGGGAAGAAGAGUUGUCUUGGAUAUGAGACAAAGAACGAACUUGUGUGAACUUAGAAAUGGAGGCCACGUUGAGUAAAUGUGUACUUCCAACUUAAUUUUUGGAACGUUGAAAUACACACAUCUACGUUUUUCAAUUUUCCAAUUGCACUUACUUAAAUUGACACAGCUCGCCAGCAGUAACUCCAAAUUUUAUAAAAUAAAGUAUAUAAACUAGCCGAAAGAUCGCGAUUUCGAAAGAAUGCAAGUAUAAACGUCUAACUUUCAUAUUCGCUUUGAAAUUUACACUUCAUGUGAGGACUCCGUUUUUUUUAUACACCCUGUACAGCUAUUUGUUACAAAUAGAGAUUUUUUCAAUUUGCUUUUGAAGACAAUCAAUGAAUUGAUUGAUUUUAAAUGAGAGUCAAGCUUAUUCCAAAUACCAACACCUUUACUAGCAAGAGAAUGAUUGACAUAAUUUGUUCUUCUAUACUUUUUGUGAAGAUUGGAAGCAUUUCUAGUUUUAUAAUGCUGAAUGUCACUAUUGUUUACAAAUAGAUUAUUAAAUAUGAUUGAUAAAUGUUCUGUUUUGUGGUAACGAUACAUGAAUAGAAGAGUUAAAUAAUCAUUGAUUUUGGGAAGAGUUAGUAUUUUCAAAUCUUGAAAAAUUGGAUCAGUGUGAUCAAAAUUUGAUUUAAAUGACAUUAGACGCACAAUUUUUUUUGUAUGCUUAGUAACUUCUGAAUUCGAUUUGUGUAAGUAUUUCCCCAGACUAAAUUGGCAUAAAUUAAAUAUGGAUAGACUAAAUAUUAAAUAUUUAUUAAAUAUUAAAUUAUCAGAAUCAUAUUUUAUGUAAUUAAUUAUAUUAAUAAAAUGCGCGAAUCAUUUAAUAAAAUGUCUCCACCAGAGUGGUCUCUACAUUGUUCAGAUAGCACACUUUGUAAACCCGUCUACUUAAAUGUCGUUGACUUUGAAAGCUGCAUUGUAUUCUGUACGGCAGGGAAGCAUAAUUAAAUUUUUUUGAACUUGUAAAUUGCAUGUAGCUUUAUGUAGCGAAACACUCUCUUUCCAUACCGUACCCUUCUUAUAAGUCAGGACUUUCAUGCAAAUUCAUCUUUAACAUUCUCACAACAGGGAGCAGCUGGUAGCGCAGGAGCAGAUGGUUCAUCUGGAGAUCCUGGUCAACAGGUAAAAAUUUGAAAAAUGAAAAUACAAAAUUUAAAACUAUUAACUGACUGUACAAUUAAAGUCCGGUAGUUCUUUUCUUAUAGUUCUACUUAAACCUUAUAUAAUUCUAGAUCUUGUAUCAGGUCAGUGACGAACGUUAUAUCAGGGGCCUCCGGUUCAAAAUUUUCGAAGGCCCCCUAGUAGAAGUACCAAAGGCACGAGUUAAGCGCCGUAUAUGCACGAGUUUUCUAGGGGUCCAGGGCAUGCUCACGCGGAAUAUUUUUGAAUCUAGACUCUCUGAAAUGCCAUUUCCCAGACUUUGGGGAGAGAUUUUACAGAAUUCUGACGGUCAGAAAACGACAUUGUGACAUAUCAGAGGCCCUGACCAAUGUUUUUGCUCUACAGCCUGAGCCUUGGGGCCCCCAUUUGGCCCAUUGGGGUUGGGGCCCCCGGGUUCGCUCGGUCCGAGCCCAUAGUCGUUACGCCACUGUAUCAGGUAAUUACGCGUGAAGACAUGCAUGUGCACAUGUCCGCUGUUCACUGAGUAACAGACUUCAUGCCGCUUCUUGUAAGGCACAAUGUAGGAAAAGCGCGUCAAAUAUUCUGCCAUGCACAUAGCUGCCUGGCAGAAUAUUUGUACAUUGCAUUAUGUUUUCCUCAUAAGUUUCCAAAUAUCGUUGUAUCUGCAGUAAAUUAGCUUUAUUUAACUCAGUUGCCACUAAUUGUUAUUUUUAUAUCCCAGGGUGCUGUAGGAGAUCAAGGCGCUGAAGGCCGCCGUGGUGCUACUGGAAAAACAGUCAGUAUAUUCUUCAAAAUUUACUUUAGUUAUUUAUUAAUGCUUCUCCCUGUAGCACUAUCUUUUCUUUUGCAUGAAACAUGGUAUUUCAUUUAUUUCAGCAAUUGAAUAAAGAAUUAACUAAUAUUACAAAUUGCACAAUCAAGCAGGGUUUCACCCUAUAUGUCUUAAAUAAUUGUAUAUUUGAAAAUUGAAACAACGGUAAUUAACAUAUAUUUUUUCUGCAGGGUUCUUCUGGAGCCAAAGGUAGGCAGGGCGAUGCAGGGAAAAGUGGAAGAGCGGUAUGUAUAACUUUAAUGACAUUUUCUUAACUUAGACCUGUUUUCGGUCACUAGUUUGGUUUAAGUAAAUGAAUGCAUUGCAUGCCCGGUUGAAUUACAUGCACGUUUGGAUUGCGUUUAUCUCGACUGAGAGUAGCGAGCAAGAACAUAUGACAAACCUGGUUGCCAUUAACGAAUAUAUUUAUCACUUCAAUUUUACCAAUCAGGGUGCUAUAAAAUAAUUCAUUGCGUUACUUCAAUAACAAUUUUCAAACCAUCGAUUAUUUCUUUGCAGGGUAAUCCCGGUGCUGAAGGCGAAAGUGGGGAUCCUGGUCCUGGUGGAAAGAAGGUAAGUUCUUACAUUGGUGCGAUUAGUGCUUUACUAUACUUAGCGCUGAUCCAAGUAUACUACUGUAAGUCGGGGCCCUUUCCUCCGCAAAGGCGUUGAAGUUUAACACGCAGGCUAUGCAGGCAGCCUAG